AUGGAGGCAGAAGCGGAGGCCGAGUCGAUUCGCCUGCGCGGCGAAGCUGAGGCGGCGGCCAUUCAGGCGAGGGCCCGCGCCGAGGCGGAGACACUGGCAAAGAAGGCCGACGCCUUUAAGCAGUACGAGAAGGCCGCCAAGUUGGAGAUGAUUCUCCAGAAGCUGCCACAGAUCGCCUCUGAAAUCACCGACCCGCUGUCGAAGGUGAACAAGAUCGUCAUGGUCUCCAACUCUGACCAGAUCGGCGUCUCGAAGAUGACCGGCGAGGUGCUGGACAUCAUCGGCAAGAUCCAGUCCACCGUGACCAACAUUGCCAACAGCGACGCUGCA